GAACUCGCGGGUAGCAGAGGGCAUCCGGUCGACUACAGCUGCAAGCUUCGACACCAAAGAAGACUAUGGUUGGCACAAAGAAAUCGGACACAUGGCCACCGUUCUAGACUCCAAUUGCUUCACUCAUUGUACUCAAUCUUCUCCCUGUCGGUUCAUUCGCUCCCCUUCACUCUCUCAUAACUUCUUCAACUGCACCUUGAAGUUGAAGCCACCACCACGACCACUCACUUCUCGCCUGCACUCUCCAGCUACGACCUUGCUGACACCUCUAUUCAAAAACUCAAAAUUUCGACAUGCCCUUCACUCCUCAGCCUCACCAAUCUACUUCCUUCAAACCCCACAAACUUCUGUUUCGGAUUCAAAUCCCCCCCUCUUCUCAGAGGCUUCUGGCGACGGGGAUUCUAUCGUUGAUGGGCUUUUCAAGUUGCUUCGCAUAUCGGCUCGAUACGGCGACGCUGAGCUUGCUAGGGCUGCUCAUGCUUCUGUUGUCAAGCUCGAGGAAGAUACAUAUCUGGGCAAUGCCCUCAUUGUUGCUUAUUUGAAGCUGGGCCUCUUUUCUGAUGCUUACAAUGUAUUCUUUGGCCUUUCUUCCCCAGAUGUGGUGUCUUACACCGCGUUGAUUUCAGGGUUUUCCAAGUCGAAUCGAGAAGAAGCAGCAUUUGAGCUUUUCCUUCGCAUGAGAGAUUCGGGUAUAGAGCCCAACGAAUACAGUUUUGUUGCAAUUUUAACUGCUUGCAUUCGAAUUAUGCAUGUACAUUUAGGGCUACAGAUACAUAAUAUAGCAAUCAAAAUGGGGUUUCUGGAUUGUGUUUUCGUUGCAAACGCACUUAUGGGGUUGUAUAGCAAGUGUGGGUAUUACGAUGUUGUCCUCAAAUUGUUUGGUGAAAUGCGUGAGAGGGAUAUUGCAUCUUGGAACACUGUUAUAUCUGGUGCUGUCAAGGAGUCGAGGCACGACACGCCAUUACAGUUAUUCCGUGACAUGCAGCAAAAUGAUGGUUUAAAAAUAGAUUACUUCACUCUAUCAACACUCUUGAUUGCUUGUGUCGAGAGUGUUGCGGUGAUGGAGGGCCAACAAGUCCAUGCACACGCUAUUAAGUCUGGAUUGGAAUCAAAUCUGAGUGUUGGUAAUACUCUUAUUAGAUUCUAUACAAAGUGUGGAACUCUUGAUGAUGUGGUAUCAGUGUUUGACAGGAUGACUGUGAGAGAUGUUAUUACUUGGACAGAGAUUGUAACAGCUUACAUGGAAUUUGGGUUAGUGAAUUCAGCUUUGAGAAUAUUUGAUGAGAUGCCAGAAAAAAAUCCGGUCUCUUAUAAUGCUCUUUUGUCGGGAUUUUGUCAAAAUGGUGAAGGUCUGAAGGCAUUGCACUUAUUUCUCAAAAUGGUAGAAGAUAAUUUAGAGUUAACAGAUUUCUCUUUGACUAGUAUUAUUAGUGCCUGCAGCUUGCUUGCAGAUUAUAGGGUCAGCAAGCAGAUCCAUGGAUUUGUUCUUAAGUUUGGUUUUGGACCAAAUGUUUUUAUUGAAACAGCAUUGCUUGACAUGUAUACAAGAUGUGGGAGGAUGGAAGAGGCCAAAAAUAUGUUCUGUCGAUUGUGGUUAAAGGAAGGAAACACUGUAGCUUGGACAUCCAUGAUAUGUGGCUAUGCUCGAAAUGGACAACCAGAUGAAGCAAUCUCUCUUAUCCAGCUUGGUCAAUUAGAAGGGAAAACAAUUAUGGAUGAAUUUGCCCUGUCUGCUAUGCUUGGUCUUUGUGGAGUUAUUGGCUGUCAUGAAUUGGGGAAGCAAAUUCAUUGCCAUGUUAUCAAAUUAGGUUUUGAAUUUGAUGUAGGUGUCGGAAAUGCAAUUAUUAGCAUGUAUUUCAAAUGCUGGAAUGUGGAUGAUGCAAUAAAGAUGUUUUAUAAUAUGCCCAAAACUGACAUUGUUUCAUGGAAUGCUUUAAUUACCGGUCAUAUUUUGCACAGGUUGGGUGAUAGAGCAUUAGAAAUUUGGUCAAAUAUGCAGAAGGAAUGCAUAAAGCCAGAUGAAGUUACAUUUGUUUUAGUCAUUUCAGCAUACACGCUAAGUAACUUGAAUUUAGUUGAUGAUUGUCGUGGUUUGUUUCAUUCAAUGAGAACUAUUUAUGGCAUUGAGCCCACUUCUGAGCAUUAUGCGUCCUUCAUUAGCGUUUUGGGUUACUGGGGACGUCUGGAAGAAGCAGAGGAAACUAUCAACAAGAUGCCUUUUGAGCCUGCUGCUUCUGUUUGGCGUACAUUGCUUGAUAGUUGCAGACUACAUAAGAACACAAUUAUUGGAAAACAGGUCGUGAAGAAAAUUCUAGCUCUGGAACCAAAAGAUCCUUCAACCAAUAUACUUGUUGCAAAUCUUUAUUCUGCUUCUGGGAGGUGGCACUGCUCUGAAGUGAUCAGGGAGAAUAUGAGACAGAGUGGAUUUCGCAAGCACCCAGCUCAAAGCUGGAUCAUUUCUCAUAAGAAGAUGCAUUCAUUCUAUGCAAGAGAUAGGUCCCACCCCCAAGCUAAAGACAUCUAUCGUGGAUUGGAGAUUCUAAUAUUGGAGUGCAUGAAAGUUGGAUAUGUACCUGACACUAGCUUUGUUCUCCAUGAAGUAGAGGAGUAUCAAAAAAAGGAUUUUUUAUUCCAUCACAGUGCAAAAUUGGCGGCAACUUAUGGACUUCUGACAAGAAAGCAUGGAAAGCCCAUUCGGAUUGUCAAGAACAUUCUUCUGUGUGGGGAUUGCCACACGUUCUUGAAAUAUGUAUCUAUUGUCACUAGGAGGGAUAUAUUUCUGAGAGAUUCUUCCGGAUUUCAUUAUUUCUCUGGUGGCCUAUGUUCAUGUAAAGAUUAUUGGUAAAAUGCUGGCUGAAUCUAAUUCGUCAGCUUCAUAAUUGUUGUAAGUUAUAACAAUAAAUAAGUGUUUAUUCUUUAUUUGUUAAAAGAAGCUUCAAUGUAAGUUACCACAAAGCAACUAUGAUAGGUAAACUUACGCUUUCA